UGUCCCUGUGCUUCUCUCCAACUUCCCUUUUGGUUCACUGGAUGCCAAAAUGCCCUAUCUCACCCUUCUUAUGGGAACCUUCUAAGGCAGUCGGUAGGGAGGUAGAAACAAACAGCCCACAUAGCCAAGCCAACACACACACAAUAUCUCAUGCAUCAACCUCUCCAAACCUGCCUAAUCCCUACUGCCGUUCUCUUUAGUCAAAGCUGAAAGUGCCAAACCACCUCCCUUUGAUUCCUCCUCCCAUAGACCACAGAUAUCACAAGAGAAAAGAUAUGAUCGGCAUGGCAGAUGAAUUCUAGUUAGUAUAGCUAAUAUUUGCUGUUUCAUUCUGUUCCUAAGGAGAGAUUUUGUGGCUUCAGACAUAUCAGAUGGAGUUCACAGCUAGAAGAAGCGAUGGGUUUUACAUGACCGAGGAAGAAAAGCAUGAAGAGGCCUCCCAACAUCCUUCCUUUAUUCCUUUAUCUUCUUCCUCUUCUUCGCCAUCGACAUCCGCUGCCUUCGGAUGGCAUGUUGGUCCAUCCGAUACGGCAGGCAACGGCGCCGCCGGUGAUAGCGGCAACGAGAGCAAUUUCUUCACGGAGAAAGAGCACAUGUUCGACAAGGUAGUCACGCCAAGCGACGUCGGUAAGCUGAACCGGCUGGUGAUCCCCAAGCAGCACGCCGAGAGGCACUUCCCGCUUGACCCAACCGCCAACGAGAAAGGGAUGCUGCUGAGCUUCGACGACCGGACGGGGAAGUCGUGGCGCUUCCGCUACUCCUACUGGAACAGCAGCCAGAGCUACGUCAUGACCAAGGGCUGGAGCCGUUUUGUCAAGGAGAAGAGGCUCGACGCCGGGGAUGUCGUCUCCUUCGGCCGUGGCGUCGGCGAGUCCGGACGCGACCAUCUCUACAUCGACUGGAAGCGGCGGCAGGAGAACCACGAUCUACCCCGGGCGCCACGAGCUCCGCUCACGGGGGUAUCCAUGGCACGGCCGUUAGGACCGUGGGGUGUCAGCCGUUUCUUCAUCCCGCCGGCGGCCAUUUACGACCACCACCGUCCAGGUUUCGGCUACAGCCCCAUGAGCUCAGGCACCAGUAGCGGCGGUCAGUUUCUUUUCGUCGGAUCUACAUCGGCAGGGCCACCGCAGUUCGGGGUGCAACCUGGCAGCCGCAGCGGCCAGCCGAUGGUUCUCAACUCACUGCCACUCGUCCGCAGUCAGGCUCAGGCUUCAGCAAAGCGUGUGAGGCUGUUCGGUGUGAACCUCGAUUGCCCCGAAUCCAAAGGAAAUGCCCAGCUCCCUAGUGGGCUAUCGUCCGCGAGUGCACCUCAGCUGCAGUCGAGUUCUACGCUUCAGUUCCUCCCGCUUCCGCAUGGCAGAACCGAGUCCUCGGUAGCUCCGUCAUCAACGAUCACCGAUCAUCGCUUAUCGUUGGAUCUCGACUUGUGAGG